UCAAAUGUUGACAUUCGCCUUUUGGUUUGCAUCAGCAGCACGCAUGUGGCGGAAAGUAUGAGAAAAACUAGCUCGAAGUGAAAUACCAUACUAAAAACAACAGUUUUCUCCACCAUUUCGUUGGUUUUGCGUGCUAUGGUAAUUGUCUGACGGCGUAUAGGCGAAUAGGGCAUAGAACCGUGAACCGUCCUCUGUACUGACAUCCCGGAAACCGCGAUAAAAACUAAAGAAAGUGUUGCUAAAAUGUAUCAUCUCAAGCCGGUGAUGAACCAGAAUGUCGUGUGUGAAGUUCCUACCUGCAUGUACACCCUGAAGCCGGUCUCUACGUUUUCGUUCGAUCCAAAAGCUUUUACCGAUAGCAACACUGGACUGUCCGGCGGUACCGGAGUCGAUCCGAUGUCGAUCGAAAUUGAUAAUUUACUGCAAAAGGCCGAAAACGACGAGUUAAGAAUGUUGGCGGAACGACAGCAACGUGUGUUGCAGCAGCUGGCCGAACUGAAGAAUGAAAUCCUCGCUUUGCGUACCGAACUGAAGCUCAACGCUAAAGCACCUUCGGUCCCACAGGCGACCACUCCGCUAAAGUCGAGGUCCGAACUGAAGGCAGAACCGAUCAAUCUUACCUGUCUGCAGGAUUUCGUGGUAAAUGCUAGCCCCGAAUACGUUCCGUACAGUUUGCUGGCGUUAAAAAAUCUGUGGAAAGAUCGUCUCAAUUUACACGUAGAAUGCUUUACUCAUUCGACCGUACCGAAGUUGAGUGAGGAGGCGCUAAAAUUCCAAACUGCCAUUACGAACAGUACAGCGACGGGUGCCUCCAACCUACCUCAGAUCAAAGUGACGCUUAUAUGGAAAAAUGUUGGAGCGUACACCGAAAUGAUCACAUCGCCCACAUCGUACGUACCGAUCUGUGGCGAGGUAAACAUCCUGCGCUACCUGUCCCGCUGUGGUCCGAGCGAGUUUAACUACGAACUGCAGGACAACGUGGACGAGGUUGACUCCAUCCUGGACGCGUGCUAUCUGUUGCUUAACAAGCAAAACGUUAAGCAGCGCCAGCAGACGCUGCGGACGCUUGGGUCGAAGCUGGGCAGAGCGGCAGGUUUCGGUGGUGCUGAAAUGUCGCUGUGCGAUAUUGCGUUUACCAGCGCAGUAAAGCAGGUGCAGCGGUCCGUGGCGAAGGAUAUCAACCCGAACAUGGCCAAGUGCAUGGGACGUGUGGCGACAGUGGUGGGCCUGUAGGGGGGAAAAAACCUCCGAUGCUGGAAUUCGUCCUCGUGUGUUCGUGAGUGUUGAUCUCCCUUACUUUGAUAUUUAUUCAAUAUUCGCAUUUUCCGUGCUUUGGGUUGCUUUUAUUUUUUGUUUUUCGGGAGGUAGACAGCUCUCGGAAGAGCGGCUCAAAUAAAAAUAGGAGGGUAUGCCUAAAAGGCCGCCGACGACAAUAGCAGCAACAGCAAUCGUAAUAAAGUAACAAUUUUUAUUUUUGAAACGUUUCAUCCACAAACAUUCAAAAAGCUACGAAC